CCGGGCCCGGAGUCUUGCCAGACCGCCUGGGUUUAGCAGCCACGUGAGUUCUCCGUGGCUGCUACGGAGUUCUCCUUACACGCAAGGUGGGCAGCAUGUCGGCGGCAGCGGCGGCUCGAAAACGCGGAAGGUCGGCCUCGGGGGCCGGGGCCGGUGCAGGGGCCGGCAAGCGGCGGCGGAAGGCGGAUUCUGCCGGGGAGAAGGGCAAGUCCAAGGGAGGCGGCAAGAUGAAUGAGGAGAUCUCCAGCGACUCCGAGAGUGAGAGCCUAGCUCCCAGGAGGACUGAGGAGGAAGAGGAGGAGGAGCUGGAGGAGACAGCCCAGGAAAAGAAGCUGCGCUUGGCCAAACUCUACUUGGAGCAGCUCAGGCAACAAGAGGAGGAGAAGGCUGAGGCCCAGGCAUUUGAGGAGGACCAGGUGGCAGGGCGCCUGAAGGAGGACGUGCUCGAGCAGAGAGGCAGGCUGCAGAAGUCGGUGGCAAAGGAGAUUCAGGCCCCAGCCCCGGCUGACAUCCAAGUCUUGCGGGGGCACCAGCUCUCCAUCACAUGCGUGGUCAUCACCCCUGACGAUUCAGCCAUCUUCUCUGCUGCCAAAGACUGCACCAUUAUCAAGUGGAGUGUUGAGAGCAGACGGAAGCUUCAUGUGAUCCCACGAGCCAAGAAGGGUGUGGAGGGGCAGCCCCCUGGCCACGGCAGCCACAUCCUCUGCAUGGCCAUCUCCUCUGACGGCAAGUACCUUGCCUCGGGUGACCGUAGCAAGCUCAUUUUCAUUUGGGAGGCCCAGAGCUGCCGGCACCUGUACACUUUCACGGGACACCGGGAUGCUGUGUCGGGGCUGGCCUUCCGCAGAGGCACCCACCAGCUCUACAGCACGUCCCACGACCGCUCUGUGAAGGUGUGGAAUGUGGCGGAGAACUCCUAUGUGGAGACACUCUUUGGACACCAGGACUCCGUGGCCGCGCUGGAUGCCCUGAGCAGGGAGUGCUGCGUGACGGCCGGGGGCCGAGACGGGACGGUGCGCGUGUGGAAGAUCCCGGAGGAGUCCCAGCUUGUCUUCUAUGGCCACCAGGGCUCCAUCGACAGCAUCCAGCUCAUCAAUGAGGAGCACAUGGUGUCGGGUGCAGAUGAUGGCUCUGUGGCCUUGUGGGGCCUCUCUAAGAAGCGGCCACUUGCCCUGCAGCGUGAGGCCCAUGGGCUGCGGGGGGAACCAGGCCUGGAGCAGCCCUUCUGGGUGUCAUCGGUGGCAGCCCUUCUCAACACGGACCUUGUGGCUACAGGCUCCCACAGCUCUUGCGUGCGACUCUGGCAGUGUGGGGAGGGCUUCCGACGGCUUGACCCUCUCUGUGACAUUCCCUUGGUGGGCUUCAUCAAUAGCCUCAAGUUCUCCACCUCUGGGGAUUUCCUGGUGGCUGGGGUGGGGCAGGAGCACAGGCUUGGCCGCUGGUGGCGCAUCAAAGAGGCUCGGAACUCCGUCUGCAUCAUCCCCCUCCGCAGGGCC